UUCAAACAUCAUCCUCAAGAGUAUGUAAAACCAGCUGUUACUCUCUAAGGGCAUUACUGUCAAUGCAACCUCCUUCAAGCCGGCUUAAAAAAUGCCUCUAAUUGAAACAGAUACUAAUUAAUAGUUUAAUUAAAUUAAUUAAAACUAACGUCUACGCAUUAGAGGGAGGCAACAAUGUCUUUGUCCGUUUACUUUCAUUAAUUCUCUGUUGCUUACUUUCUCUCUCUCUCCUCCUUCAUCUUCUCCAAAUCUCUCCCGAUUUCAUCGGCUAGGGUUCUUCACCGAAUCUCAAGGAUCGAGAAAAAACGAUGAUGGCGAUCACGGAGGGACGAUCCCUCUUGUCUCUCCUCCUCCUCCUCCUCUCAUCCAUCACCACUCUAAUCUCAGCCGCUGACUACACACCCACCGACCAAAUCCUCCUAAACUGCGGCGGCUCCUCCGACCUAACCGACACAGAUAACCGAACUUGGAUCCCAGACGUCAAAUCCAAGUUCCUAUCUUCCUCCGGAGACUCCAAAACAUCUCCCGCACUUACACAAGAUCCCUCCGUCCCCACCGUCCCUUACAUGUCCGCCAGAAUCUUCCGAUCUCCCUUCACUUACUCCUUCCCCGUCGCAUCAGGUCGUAAGUUCGUUCGUCUCUACUUCUACCCUAACUCCUACGACGGCCUCAACGCCACAAACUCCCUCUUCACCCUCUCCUCAGGCCCAUACACUCUCCUCAAAAACUUCAGCGCCUCCCAAACCUCACAGGCCUUGAACUACGCCUACAUCGUCAAAGAGUUCGUCAUCAACGUCGAAGGCGGGGCUCUAAACUUGACUUUCAAGCCCGAGUCAACGCCUUCUAACGCCUACGCCUUUGUCAACGGUAUCGAGGUCACUUCGAUGCCUGACAUCUACAGUAACACCGACGGGACCUUGACUAUCGUGGGGACUAAUAGUGGAGUUACGAUUGAUAACAGUACAGCUCUCGAGAAUGUGAUUAGGCUUAAUGUCGGUGGUAACGAUAUUUCGCCUUCUGACGAUACCGGUUUGUAUAGAUCUUGGUAUGAUGAUCAGGACUACAUCUUUGCUGCUAGUCUCGGUAUCCCUGAGACUGCUGACCCCAACAUGACGAUUCAGUAUCCUACCGGUACACCUAGCUAUGUUGCUCCGGUUAAUGUCUACUCAACCGCUAGGUCCAUGGGUCCCACGGCGCAGGUCAACCUUAAUUACAAUCUGACGUGGCUUUUUAGCGUUGACUCGGGGUUUAGUUACUUAGUCAGGCUUCAUUUCUGCGAGGUUUCUCCUAAUAUUAAUAAGAUUAAUCAGAGAGUGUUUUCGAUUUAUCUUAACAACCUGACUGCUGAGCCUGAAGCUGACGUGGCGGGAUGGACUGGAGGUGGUAACGGGAUUGCGAUACAUAAGGAUUACGUUGUGAUUCCUCCUGAUGGGAAAGGGCAGCAGGAUUUGUGGCUUGAGCUUCAUCCGAAUCCGAGGAACAAGCCUCAGUACUAUGAUUCGAUUCUCAACGGUGUUGAGAUUUUCAAGAUGAAUAACACUGAUGGUAAUUUGGCGGGUACUAAUCCGAUUCCUGGUCCUAAGGUGACUGCUGAUCCGUCUAGAGUCUUGCGUACUCAUCACACCAAGAGCCAUACUGCUGUUGUUGCUGGUGCAGCUAGUGGAGCUGUGGUUUUGGGACUUAUUAUCGGUUUCUUUGCGAUGUCGGCGUACAGGAGACGUAACCGUGGUGAGUAUCAGCAGGCGAGUGAUGCUACUUCAGGGUGGCUUCCUUUGUCUUUGUAUGGAAACUCACAUUCCGCUGGCUCCGGGAAGACGAAUACUACGGGAAGCUACGCGUCGUCGCUUCCGAAUAAUCUUUGCCGUCAUUUCUCCUUUGCGGAGAUUAAAGCAGCUACGAAGAACUUUGAUGAGUCUAGAGUUCUUGGUGUUGGUGGGUUUGGGAAGGUUUACAGAGGUGAGAUUGAUGGCGGGACUACUAAGGUUGCUAUUAAGAGAGGUAAUCCGAUGUCUGAGCAAGGUGUUCAUGAGUUUCAGACGGAGAUUGAGAUGCUUUCGAAGCUUAGACAUCGUCAUCUCGUGUCUUUGAUUGGGUACUGUGAGGAGAAUUGUGAGAUGAUUCUUGUGUAUGACUACAUGGCUCAUGGGACGAUGAGGGAGCAUUUAUACAAGACUCAGAACGCUCCUCUUUCUUGGAAGCAGCGUCUUGAGAUUUGUAUAGGUGCGGCUAGAGGGUUGCAUUAUCUACACACCGGUGCUAAACACACUAUCAUCCACAGAGAUGUGAAGACUACUAAUAUUCUGUUAGAUGAGAAAUGGGUGGCUAAGGUCUCUGACUUUGGGCUGUCAAAGACUGGUCCUACACUUGACCACACACAUGUGAGCACUGUCGUGAAAGGGAGUUUCGGUUAUCUUGACCCGGAAUACUUCAGAAGACAGCAACUAACUGAUAAGUCUGAUGUCUACUCCUUUGGUGUAGUUCUAUUCGAAGCUUUAUGUGCAAGACCUGCCUUGAACCCUACGUUAGCUAAGGAGCAAGUUAGUUUAGCUGAGUGGGCACCGUACUGCUACAAGAAGGGCAUGCUUGAUCAGAUCGUGGACCCUCACCUCAAGGGCAAGAUCACACCUGAAUGCUUUAAAAAGUUUGCUGAGACAGCGAUGAAGUGUGUGUUAGACCAGGGAAUUGAGAGACCGUCCAUGGGAGAUGUUCUGUGGAACUUGGAGUUUGCGUUGCAGCUUCAGGAAAGCGCAGAGGAGAGCGGGAAGGGGAUAAGUGAGAUGGACAUAGAUGGGAUUAAGUAUGAUGGUGAUGACUGUAAAGGGAAGAACAGCGACAAGGGCUCUGAUGUGUAUGAAGGGAAUGUCACUGACUCGAGGAGCAGUGGAAUAGACAUGAGCAUUGGUGGUCGGAGUUUGGCCAGUGAUGAUUCAGAUGGGCUCACUCCAAGUGCUGUGUUUUCUCAGAUCAUGAAUCCCAAGGGGCGUUAGAGAGAAGAGUCUUGAAACCCGGUACAGUACUAAACCGGCUCCAUCCAAAGGAUACUGGUUCGUGUCUCUUUCUCUUUGCUAAUUAUUUAUCUCGUUGCUGUUAUUUAUUUGUGUAUUUGAUACAUACCACGAUCAUAAAGAGUGUAAAAAUUAAUGUGUCUUUUUGGCUUUUACAAAACAUUAAAACGUAUGAUUGGCUUUCAUUGUACUAUUUGGUUUGUUCUAUAUAACGCUUUUGUAGUGGAUUCAACCCGUUAGAAAACAUUUUC